GGACCAGGCCCGCCCGAGGAUCCAGUAGCCAGCUGCACAGAAACCACAGUUUUAAUAUGCAGAAGGGAAAGGGGAGAACAAGCAGAAUCAGAAGGCGAAAACUCUUCAGAACUUCUCAAAUGAGAGGAGUGAAUGAGAGCUACAAGUCUGAAUUUAUAGAGCUGAAGAAGUGGCUGAAAGCUAGGAAGUUUGAAGAUACGAACUUAAUACCCGCUAGAUUUCCAGGUACAGGAAGAGGGUUGAUGAGCAAAAUAGCCUUGCAGAAGGGACAGAUGAUUAUUUCCUUGCCGAAGAGCUGCCUGCUCACCACGGACACGGUGAUUCGAAGCUAUUUAGGGCCAUACAUUGCCAAGUGGAAGCCUCCUCCAUCUCCUCUGCUGGCCCUGUGCACCUUUUUGGUUUCAGAAAAGCGUGCUGGGGACCGGUCUCCAUGGAAACCCUACCUAGAGAUUUUACCCAAGUCGUACACCUGCCCUGUGUGCUUGGAGCCGGAAGUGGUGGACCUUCUUCCUCAACCUUUGAAAGCAAAGGCCGUAGAGCAGAGAGCCCACGUGCAGGAGUUCUUUGCUUCCUCCAGAGACUUUUUCUGUUCUCUGCAGCCUCUCUUUGUGGAGGCCACUGACAGCGUCUUCAGCUACAGCGCCCUCCUGUGGGCCUGGUGCACUGUCAACACCAGAGCCGUGUACCUGAGGCCCAGGCCGCAGAAGUGCCUUUCCGCUGAGCCGGACACGUGUGCGCUGGCUCCAUACCUGGACCUGCUGAAUCACAGCCCGCAUGUCCAGGUAAAAGCAGCCUUUAAUGAGGAAACAGGCUCUUAUGAAAUUAGAGCGGCUUCCCAUUACCGGAAACACGAGGAGGUGUUCAUCUGCUAUGGUCCUCAUGAUAAUCAGAGGCUGUUCCUGGAGUAUGGCUUUGUUUCCACCCACAAUCCUCAUGCCUGUGUUUAUGUCUCAAGAGAAAUACUUGUCAAAUAUCUUCCACAAACAGAUAAGCAGAUGAACAAAAAGCUUUCCCUUUUAGAGGAUCAUGGCUUUAUAGAAAAUUUGACGUUUGGAUGGGACGGACCAUCUUGGAGAUUACUCACAGCUCUUAAGUUGUUAUGCCUGGAAGCUGAACAAUUUAUGUGCUGGAAACAAGUACUUCUUGGAGAAAAAAUUUCAUAUAUGAAUGAGAGGAAAAGUUUGGAAGUGGCCCAGAAAAUAUGCUGUUAUUCCAUAGAAGAGACUAACGCUAUGCUUCUAAAGGUUUCUCAGUUGAAGACAGAAAAAUUGCCUUUGGUCACCCAGCUCACUUUGGUGGAAACACUGUGGAUGGAAGAACUGAAGAUUCUCCAGGCUUCCGCUGAAACCCUGAACCGAUUACAAUCCACCUUUUCCUGACUUCACUGAGAAGCAUUUGAUCACCUCCUAUGGUGGGUGUGGCCUGUGUUUUUAAAAACUAGAAUUGGAUUAAACUGAUUUAUAUAGAA